AUGAGUGUAUCUCACGAAACCGAAACAAGUGUUUUGUCCGCUCUAGCAGAUUUCUUCAAUACCUUGUCCAUCCCCGAUCCCCAAGACAACCGCACUUAUCUCGAAGCAUCCUACGUCAUCCAGUCUACACCAAAUGGCCUAGAGCGGACAACUCUCAAGGAUCUCUUUGCCAACAAAAGCGAGCAACAGCCCGGAAUCGAAUGGACUGUAGACGAACCCCAAGAGCUAUUCGUCCACGAAAAACUCGCUGCGGCAUGGACGGGUUGGUCCAUCCGCGCUACCGACGGAAGCAUCAUCAGCCAUAAGAAGGGUGUCGUUGGAUUAGCUCACACCGAGGGACGAUGGAAGAUCUCUGGCAUUGCCUGUACGGAGAGAUCGCUAGAUAUACCAAAGGAAGAGAACGCCGAUGAAGAGCUUAUGAAGCCCAUCCACGCCCUCCUGGAAGACUUCUCCCACCCUGACUGGGCCACCCUGAAGGAAUGGUUCGUCCCGAACGCUGGCGUAACUUUAUACCGCCCACCUGCUGAGCCGGCAUCUAUGACUAUGGAGCAGUCUAUUGCUCGGUUACAGGGAAUGAUCAAGAGCGGUAUCACCAUGCGGGAGAAACUACAUGAUGUCCAGGUGCGAAGACAUGGAGAUAUGGCUUUGGUAUGGGCACCUUUUGUAGUUGAGAUCAAUGGAGUGCCUCGCCAUGAGGGAGUCAAUGCUUUUACGCUUCUGAGGAGGGAGGGUAGAUGGAUGUUUAGUGGAUGUCAAGACUACGGGGUGGCUUUGUAA